AUGAGUACCAAACGUAAGAUAUUUACUCAAAUUGACAAAAGAAGGUUAAAAAACUUUCUUGGCGGAGUGCACGAUUGGGUGGAUGUGUGUGUUUUACACAUUUUUUUUAAAGAGCCUGGGAAAAUAAUAGCCAACAAAAUUUCACACUUACUUGAAAAUCCGUUGCUGCUACUCCACAGCCACCAAGCAGCCGCUGGAGGAGCAAUAUCACCAGCAGCUGCAACACCAUCAUCGACGUUAUUAACGGCGUCCAACGAUUUUUUUAACGUGGCUUCUGCGGACGGCAUCAGGACGCAAAACAGCAAAGUUCACCCGAGUCCAGGGGCAGGAACCGCCCGAAGUGUUUGGGCCCUGCCCCUGACCUAUGAUAGCUGUAACAUGGUGGCCGAAGAGGAUGGUGCCCACACUGACCACGAAGUUGAUCCACGACGACCACAUACACCGCGAGUGGUCGAAAUUGUAGGGGGCGUUGAGGUUGCGGUAGGAGGACCUAACGCUACAUCAGGCACUGGCAAUUCGGCCCAUAAAGAUGCUCCGGUCGAUGAAAAUCUCUUGAUAUUCGAAGGCAUCGAUGGUUCCGUAGCUCAUUUGGAUGAUAUUUUCGAUAUCAUCAAAAACGGUGAAGUGACCGAUGUGGAAAACUUAACCGAAAAAUUCGGUAUAGAAUGUCUUUCAGCAAGAGAUCGCCAUGGUUACACUCCUGCACACUGGGUGGCCUUGAAUGGAAACGUUGAGAUGAUGCGGUAUUUAAUAGAGCGUUUGGCGCCCAUAGACUUACCAUGUCUAGGAACUCAAGGACCCAGACCCAUACAUUGGGCUUGCCGUAAGGGUCAUGCUGCGGUUGUUCAAGUUAUGCUUCAGGCGGGGGUAAAUGUAAAUGCCGCCGAUUUCAAGGGCUUAACCCCUCUUCACGUGGCUUGCAUGUAUGGCCGAACUGCAACUGCUGCUUAUCUGUUGGGCAUGGGAGCUCUUAACCAUUUGACAGAUAUCAAUGGUGAUACAGCCCUACAUUGGGCCGCCUAUAAGGGACAUGCUGAUCUGAUGCGUCUGCUGAUGUAUUCUGGGGUAGAACUGCAAAAAACUGAUAACUUUGGUUCGACUCCUCUGCAUUUAGCCUGUUUAUCGGGCAACAUGUCGUGUGUUCGUUUGCUUUGUGAAAAAUCUAAUCUGGACCUAGAGCCUCGAGAUAAGAACGGGAAAACUCCUAUGAUGCUUGCCCAAGCACAUCAACACCAAGAUAUUGUGCGUCUUCUAUACACGGAAGUGAAGAAGAAAUCACGUUGGAUGCCAUCCGUGUCGGAAAUUUGGGGUUGGCUGUUUGGUGGCGCCGGUGAUUCCAAAGGACCUCUAUUGCUAUUUUUAUUCUCAGUCUUACUAUGGGGAUAUCCAAUGUAUAUGAUAAGGGCUAUACCCAUAACCUGGAACAUAUUGAGGCGUUCGCAUUAUUGUUUCAUCUACUGGAAUGCUGUUAUGUGGAUCAGCUGGAUCAUAGCGAAUCGCCGAGAUCCCGGCUAUAUACCAUUAAGUUCGGAUGCCUAUUAUCGUGCCAUCAAACAAAUACCCUAUUUCGACAAGCUGAAGAAACGCAAUGUGAUAUUGACGCGCCUAUGCCAUAGCUGCCGCUGUCUGCGUCCCUUAAGAGCUAAGCAUUGCCGCGUCUGCAACAGGUGUGUUUCAUACUUCGACCACCAUUGUCCAUUCAUUUACAACUGCGUAGGUUUACGAAAUCGAAUGUGGUUCUUUCUCUUCGUGUUGUCGGUUGCUGUAAAUUGUUCAUUUACCAUUUACUUUGCUUGCUAUUGUGUCAUGAUUGAAGGAUUCACCCUACUCUACGUGUUGGGCCUAAUAGAAGCCAUAGCCUUUUGUGGUUUGGGAUGGAUUUUGACAUGCACCUCGAUUCUUCAUGCCUGCAUGAAUCUUACAACAAAUGAAAUGUUCAACUACAAGCGUUAUCCAUAUCUGCGGGACAAGCGUGGUCGCUACCAAAAUCCCUUUUCACGUGGCCCCAUAUUGAAUCUUUUGGAGUUCUUUGUCUGCCUGCCCGACCGCAGUGAUGACAACGAUUUGCUUUUGGAAGAUAACAUUUGAUUAAGAACCUAGGAUCGCCAACAGGCGCGCCGCCGCAGACAACAAGCACCACCAGCAAGGGGAUAAUACUCUGUUGCUGCCACACAAAGUCGUUCGAAGGGCAUAAGACGGGCGCAAUGAAAUCGAGGACUAUGAAUACUCCUAUUAUGGCAAAAUAAUAACAAGCUUAUAAGUUUAUUAAUAAAUGCACAAUAAUUCCAACUUAUCACCUAUAGAUUUGCCUCAAGUACAUACCAUGGCAUUGUACAGAAGACAAGUUAGCACAAAUCAAUAUGAUAGCAUAUUCUAAAGAUCUUGCCGGUUAUAAUGUUAUACGAGUACUACAAAUACAUGAAAUCUAACUUAUAUACUAACAUAGCUUAAUAAAAUUGCCUUUAUGACAGAAUACACUUACAUAA